UAUACACUCGAUUGGCAACAAGUGAAGCAUCUUGCUAUUAAAAUUCUCGUUUAUCUUUCAAUCUAAAGAAAAUGGAUACGAAACUCGAGGUGGGGUGCGAAUUCAACAAUUGUACGUCAGUUUCUUCACCGGGAGCCAACAUCGCGUCUCCAAUAACCUCAUCGCUAUUUGGUAUUCUAGGUAACGCUAUAGCACUCGUUACCGUACACCAAAUGAAGCUGGAAAGACAUAGGACGGUGUUCUUUGUCUUUAUCGCUGGAUUGGCUUUCGCUGAUCUUGUCGGCAUAGUUCUCACCACAUUUCCUGUCUUGCUCGUCUACAGCCAUGGAUACUACGUCGGCGGACCGAUGAUGUGCAACUAUCAUGCAUUCACGAUGGUGACGUUUGGGCUCUUAACUCCAAUGAUUGCUUGCGCUAUGGCCAUGGAACGAUAUUUCGGAAUACGACACGGAUAUUUUUACAUGCUCCACUUCAGUCCGCAACGAGCUAGAAUGGCUUUACUAAGUUUGUGGCUGGUGGCCAUCAUCUUCUCCUCUCUUCCAAUUUUCGGUUUCGGUCAAUACGCGGUUCAAUAUCCGGGCACUUGGUGCUUCCUCAACCUACAUCCGGAAAACGCAAUUGACGCCGCCUAUUCCAUUACAUUCGCCGUUCUCAACUUACUUCUCAUCGGCGUUAUGAUCAUAUGCAACAUUGGCGUGCAGUGCACUUUGGUCGCAUUGCGUUGCCAACGGAGUUCAGCGGACCGGGCGGAUCGUUUCCGGCGGACUCACCACAGCCCGCAGCAGGAGGAAUUGGAAGUGCAGAUGAUGUUUGUCCUUCUAGCCAUCACUUUCGUUUUUACUUUAUGCUGGACGCCGUUACAAUUUCAGAUAUUAAAAAAUCAAUUCUACGAACACAAAACAGCUUCUGAUCACGCCGGUGAUUUACUAGCUAUUCGCCUGGCUUCCAUUAACCAGAUAAUAGACCCUUGGGUAUACAUUCUCUGCAAGAAGUUGUGUUUUCGAAGGGGCUGUAAUUGUUGGAGCUACGUCGUUCAAAAGACAAACUGGGGCUCUUUUAAGCGCAGUCUCAGUCAGAGGGAGUUUGUAGGCACCUCGUCGCUCCGUUCGGCCUUGGUUCACUUCCGAGCACAACCACAGCCGACACGGUCAGCAUCAGCAAGUCGUCCCUGUUCUCGAUGCCGACAAAAAAGGGUGGAAGUCGAUUUGGAGGUAGACGCAGCGGAAACCAUUACCCUCGAUGAAGUUAAUCAUUUUUCGUCAAGUUUGAGCAAUGCGGCAAUUUGUUACGACUCGACCAGUAAAAGUACUUCAUUGCCUAUCAACGCUAGCCCGGCUCCUACCGCAAUCCUAAUAGGUGGGGGUUCGGAUGGAGGCACAGAAAGCUCUGCUAGUCACGAAAUUCCUAUUCCAAUUUUCACAUCGUCCCAAUAUUCCAUCCAACGACGAAGGACUCGAUCUACACCUCGUUCUUGUAGGAAAGACGAAUGUCGAAACCCGAUUGUAAAUCACGUUGAUACUACUGCAAAAGAUAAAAACAGGUCGGCGGCGAGGGUGUUUUCGAUCGACUAUGGAGAGAAAAUCCCUGCGAUCAGUCGACGCCGCCAUUCUUGGUGUUGUUCAAAUGGACCAUUUUCUACGGUGGGUAAAAGGUACGUAACUCAAAGUACGCAAACCAUCGACGAAACACAAAUCAAAUACUCCACUUUAGACGUAAAAACUGAUUGAUAUGAACAUGAAAGUCUUAAACGACUUGCCACGAUACACGUCGAAUUUC